GAUGUUCGCCCGUACUGGGAAGAAGUUAUAGAAGAACGUAAGAAGAACAAUGUAAAAAGAACUUUUCGCACGAAGACACUUGAUAUAUAUGAAGUCGUAGGAGAGAAUGUUGGUGAGGAAAUCGUAAACGAAUGCAAAUCAUCAAAAAGGCUUAAAUGCGACAAGAAAGGACAACGGCAAACAAGAAGUGGAAGAAGGAUAGCUGAUAAUUAUCGUGAAAGAACUUCUUCCUUGUCUGAAGAAGAAAAUAAUCCGGACGAUGAAAUCGAUAUUUUCUUUCAAGAAAGUUCUUUUGGACUACAAUCGAAUUUUAUAAAGAAAUUGGAGGCAGAAGAUUCUGGUGUGGCGCAUAAACAGUCAUUGCUUCUCCCGUCACGAUUAAAGUGCUUUGCUGAAGCAUAUGAGAAAAUGGCUCACACUCGAAAAUGGCUUCUCUCUUCCAACAAAUGCGUUGAAGAUGUGAUCUUUAAUAAGGGAAUAAAACUAUCGAUUGAGUCACUGAUACAUUCUUGGGUAAUAGAUUUAAGUGACCCAGAGGUUGAAAAGUUGUUCACUGGUGAGGAGUGGCGUGAAAUUAAAAACGAAGUUUGUGAACUUCCAAAGGUGGAUGAAAAUUUUGCAAGAUCUCUUUCAAGAUUUAGGAAUGUUCGAACAACCGCUGACCUGAAAAUGAACCUUUUAAUCGAGAUAAUCACUUUGAUUCCGAAUGGGCAGACUUGCUUAAUUCAAUAUGAAAAUCCCGAUGAAGAACUUCAAAAAGAACAUUUGGAGGGCUGGUUUGACGCUGAUGUGUGGUCUAUAAUUAUAGAUUGUGCUUUCAAUAGCAUUCAGGGACUACAAACCGUUAGAAAAGAAUCAGCGAGCGUAGCUGUUGCUACAAGAAAAAAUAGAAAUAGGAAGAGAACAAGGAAACAAAGAGCAAAAAUGGGACGCCGUGGUGAUGGAAUUUUCCGAAUGUAUAGCGAUAAUACAGAGUAUGGUGCCAUUGAGGUGGCAAAAAAAUUUAUUUAUCAGAAUGACACAAAACGACUUGGAGAUGGAUUGAAACUUGGAAAGACAAUUCAUGACAUGUUGGUUUGUCUGGCUCGAAAAGUAAAGUUUGAUGAUAAAAAACUCAGAAAAUUGCAAGUUGUAGGUCUUUUACAUUCAGGGCUAAUGCUACAAACCGUUCGAAUGUCCAAUCCAAAAGGAUUUAUAUCGCUUCUUAAAAGAGAGGAACUUUAUGAGGUGCCGACAUCAGUUAGCCGACUUAGAGACUUAAUCAUGCUGUUAUGUGACGUGUGGAAAGCAAAGAAAAUGGUGACCGACUGUAUGAAUAUUGUAAAAGAACCAUCACCAGACUUAACAGAAGAGGAAUUUCUACGAAAUAUAAUUGGGGUUGAUAUGACGAUUUUGCAAAAACAAAAUCUAGCUGAUAGUAGUGUAAAAACACCACCACCUAGUUUUUUACCAUGGUCAUUUGACACUUGA